AUGUCGGAAAACGAGGAGAGAUCGGGGAGCCCCAACGUCGAAAUAAUCGACACUCCCAUGGAUGACCUUGAAGAACUCAUCGGAGAAGACGUCCUUCUCCCCGGCUUCAACGAGCACAACCGUAACGAAGCAGUUGAAGUUGGAAAUGGGGGAAACCCCGUUCCAAUGGAUACAUCGACCGCAGCGGACUCCAUCGACGUCCACGCCGGAGAAAUCGAAGACGACUUACUGGGACCGUCAGGGCCUCUCGUCAUGGACGUCCCUUCUUCGUCAGCUUCAGAUCGACCGGAGAACAACGACUCCCACAUGAGCUUAGACGAAGAAGAACUGCUGAAUGAGCCAAAGAAGCCGACAGCGCGGGAAACCGCAUCUUCUUCGAAGAAGAAAUCGCCUCCGAAGCCACCAACGGCGAACCCUUUACCGAAGGAAACUUCGACGGAGGAUUCUGAUCACGACAAACCUGGUCCUUCGGGUCUUCAGUCGAGAUCUUGCGGCUUCGUCAGCAAAGAACGUCCCUGCUGGGUCACCAACAAAGACGGAAAAAAGGUUCGACCACGAAAGCAACUCGCCACCAGACGUCCAGCGCGCCCAGAUGGAAGACCGUACACAGAUACCGACUCCGAUGACUCGGAUUGCUCCGACAACCGUGAGAAUAGAAAAAUCGAAGCGGGAAACCGAAAGCGAGCUUCGGACGAGGAAUCCAGCGGUCGCAAGAAGCAGAAAGGAGGAAACUCCAGGCCCGUCGAGCGACCCGACUCCAACAACGCCACCGUCGCGGACAACACGGUUGAACCCGCCAACAGCGCCCCAGCAGUGGCCAGCAACGCCUCACCGCCAUCGACUCAACCGUCGCAACAAUCAGGCGAAGGAUGGGUGAUUAACAGACCAGAGCACGUUGGGUGGAACUCUUCGAGCCGACAACCAGAGUCUUCCGGCUGGAGAGAAACGACUAACCGUCAGCGAAGCUCGGGAAACCGAAGAGAAAAUGCGGGAAACCGACAGAAUCAGAGGUCACAAGGUCAGGCUGGAGAAAGAUACGACCCGGACCUGGCUUGGCAUCAGCGUAGACUGAAAGCGCAUUACUGGCUUCAUCGUUUUGGCGAAGGCGAGCGCAGUGAAAGCUGCACGAAUCCGGCAAACCGGCUGGCGAAAGACCUCGACCAAAUGGGCGCUUACGCGAAAAGAAAAGGUUUCGGCCGCUAUUUCCCGACGAAACAGAUGAUCAAAAUCGGCGAGUCGAUCUACUUUGGGGUUUCCCCCAUAAACCCACCAGCGCGCUUGCGAGAGGACAUCAAGAGUGCCUUUAUGAAGCUGGUCAACCUUCGGGAAGAAGAUAUGGGUUACCCCAGUCGUUCUCCGAAGUUCGAUGUUUUCGUCAACGAGCUUGACGAAGUUCAGAAGGCCUACUCAAAACGAAUGGCGGAACUAACAGCAGCUUCGAACGCACCCCCCUCUUCGCAGCAUCAACAACAACAGCAGCAGCAGCAACAACGCCAGCAGCAGCCGCAACGAGCCCGCCCGAGAUACAUGCACGCUCGACGACCGUCGACGGACUCUCUCCCCACCUACUCAAUGGCAAUGAGAGAUCAACGCGCGGGCAACCGCCGUUUCCAAGAGCCACUUCCACACAGACCAGAAUCGCCGCUUCGACCACAGCAAAGCGCAGCGCCGAUGAUUGUUUCACCGAUCCAGCAAGCGCCGACUCGAGUGGUGACCGGUGUGAGUGGUACAACAGCCGGGCGACCGACGAUCGACUUGACUCAGCCGGUGGGGGAGAACGAGCCGAGAAGAUGGGGCGAGCCCAGAGUUCCAAAAGAGGCGGAAAUCGUUCCAGAUGAAAAUCUGAACGAAGACAUCCCCUACGACUACGAGCCGGAGCUCACGGAAGAAGAGCGCGCAAGAAAGGGCUACUUCUGGAACAUCAGCCCGUGCCAUUUUAAUGUCUCCGCUCGCGGCCUCAGGAGGCCAAGCCCCAACUUUAUCGCGGAUUCCGUGAUUAUCAGGGACAAAAUCACCGACCUGAUGAAACGAAGGGCAACCUUCGAACGAGACCUCGUCACGCUGGGUGUAACCAAGAUCUCGCACCCAGCCAAGCUGGAAUUGGACCUCGACGCCUUCCUCGUCAGAUCGGGUGACCCCGACAGAUUCAAGCUCGCGUGCAAGCAGCUCGUCCUCGUCGAAGACGCCAGACUCGACAUCGCGACGGAGAUCCUCGACGAGUUCGUCCAGCUGGCCUCCCCAUCGAAGUUCCCAUUGGGAGAGCUGAUGUGCUUUUGCGCAAAUGAAGCUUUUCUCAUGGGAGGCCCAGCUGUUAGACGCCUUGCGCAUCGUGCAAACGAGCGCAUUUUGGCGUGGGCCUUCGUCUCGGCAAAGAAAAUUAAGGCGCACCCUCCACUCCUCAUCACCUUCACCAAGAGUUGCCUCUUGCUCUACAUCUCCGCCAAGACCAUCGUGGCCUUCAAUUUAGCUGUACAUAUCACCUUCGCCUCCACCGAGCCAGCAUCACGUCGACACGCCCUGGCGAGCCUCUUCACUUUUUCUCACAGGUCUCACAACGCACUCACUGCCGUUCGUCCUGUUCUCGCCAAAAAAUUCUAA